CUAAAGGUCAAACCUUUUCUUCUUCCAUCUCUUUUAAUCCAAAACUCCAAAAAGUUCGUUUUCUUUCUCUGACUAGAAACUUCCCAGCGAUGUCAGGUUACCCUCCGACGAGCCAAGGCUACGGUUACAGCUACGGCGCUGGAAACAAUCCUCCGACGAGCCAAGGUUACGGCUACGGCGGCGGCGGAAACAAUCCUCCGCACGGAUCAUCAUCAUCAUCUCCUUACGCUGUUCCCUACGGCGGCGCAUCGAAGCCCCAAUCUUCUUCCUACGGCGCACCGCCUCCUUCCGCACCACCGUACGCGCCUCCUUCUCCGGGGGACUUCAACCCGCCAAAGGAGAAGCCUGUCGGAGGCUACGGACCUCCGCCGCCGUCCGCGCCUUCUUCGGAUUACGGCGGUUACGGCGGUGCUCCUCCCCGUCCGUCGCAGGGAGGUUACGGAGCUACUCCGCCGCAAGGGGUUUCCGGUUACGGUGCCCCGCCGCGUCCGUACGGUGGAUACGGAGCUGCUCCGCCGCCGUCGGUGAUUCCUGAGUACGGUGGUUACGGUGCUCCGCCUCGUCCGGCGACGUCGUCAGGACACGGCGGAUACGGAGGCUAUCCUCCUCAGGGAUCGUACGGAAGUCCGUUCGCUUCUCUGAUCCCGUCAGGUUUUGCUCCGGGGACGGAUCCGAACAUAGUGGCUUGCUUCCAGGCGGCUGAUCAGGACGGCAGUGGGUUCAUCGAUGACAAGGAGCUUCAGGGUGCUCUCUCUUCUUAUCAGCAGAGAUUCAGCAUGAGAACUGUUCAUCUUCUUAUGUAUCUAUUCACCAACACCAAUGCCAUGAAAAUAGGACCUAAGGAGUUUACUGCACUUUUCUACAGUCUUCAGAACUGGAGGUCCAUCUUUGAGAGGUCUGAUAAGGACAGGAGCGGGAGAAUAGAUGUGAGUGAGCUGAGAGAUGCGCUUCUGAGCCUCGGGUUUUCAGUUUCUCCUGUGGUUUUGGAUCUUCUUGUUUCCAAAUUCGACAAAAGCGGUGGCAAGAACAGAGCCAUCGAAUAUGACAAUUUCAUCGAGUGCUGCCUCACUGUUAAGGGACUAACAGAGAAGUUCAAGGAGAAGGACACAGGAUACUCAGGCUCAGCUACUUUCACUUACGAAUCCUUCAUGCUCACUGUCCUCCCCUUCCUCAUCGCUUAAAGUUUCUUGUAACGGAUGAAACCCACCCCUUUGCGCAUUUUUCACAUCUUCUUAUGUUGUUGUUGUCGUUGUAUGAUCGUCUCUGGUGUGAAUGCUGUUUGUUACAAGUUACUUUUCCGGUUUGGUUGGAUUCCAGAGUUCAAAACAAAGUGUAAAAACAAACUUGUGGUAUAAAAGAAUCAAUCAACUCAUUGUUAUGUUUGAUUA